AUGUAUAUAAUUAUUGCAUCUGUCAUCAUUCUUGCUAUCAGUUUUACUAUUCAAAUAACUAAACUCAAUCCUAAAAAAAAGUUAUAUAUUUUGGAUAUGUUUCUUAUUACUCUAGGUGCUAUGGCAAUCUAUAGUGAAACUACUCAUAAACUUGGUGAUUUUACAGAACAAUUAUAAACUUCAUUUUCUAAAUUAUAUCCCAUUGAAUAUUCAUUAGACGAACUCAUUCUUAAAAAUCAAAUAUAACAACAUUCAUUUAUACUCUAUUAUGGAAUGAAAUAGAAUGGAAUUUCUACUUUCUUCAAAUUCAUCAUUAAUAAAUCAAUCAAAGAAAGUUAAUAAGCUAUCUACAUUAAUAUCUAAUCUGAAAUUCAAACUUAAGAAUAGGCUUUGUAGUAAUUUGGCACUAACAAUCUACAUGAACUUAUUCAUUUUACAUAAUAAAAACCAACUACUAUUGCCAUUCAUAAUUUACAUCUAUCCCUUCAUAAAAAAUAAUGUUUUAUCUGUUAAAUUUUAAGCAAUCUUCAUAAAUUUAACACAACUACAAUUCUUAUUAGUGCCAAAGAAUUACACAAUUUAAAUUAUAUGUUAGAUGAUUAUAGUGUCAAUGUUAUGGAAAUUAAAGAAUUUAAUAAUGGAAAAUAAUUACAUUUUAGAUAUGACUGGAAUUAAGACUCUAUUUAAUAUGCAAAAAAAUAUGAUGGUAUUACUAUCUUUCUUUAUAUAAGAUAUUGUCUUGUAAAAGUAAAAAGAAUUUGUGAAUACUUUGACUGAUACUGAAAAAUAAUUAAUGGCCAUUAUAAGAAAACAAAUAUGCAAAAUUAAAUGUGAAAAUUAAAAUGUUAAACUUGAUGAUUUGUAAAUUCUUUUAUCUUAUCAUAGAAACUAUCAAUAUUCAGAUUUGAAGUAGAUUGUUUAAAAAAAUUAUGUGAUUGCUUAAUUUGGAUAUGUGAAAUUUUAUAAUAGUUUUAUAUUUGAGUCAUUGCAAUAUUUAUGA